AUGCCCAAGCGGACCAUGGGAGGGAGGGCCGAUGUCGGGGCCGACGCCAUGGCGCACAAAGCAUCCAAGCACCGUGCGAAGCCACACAUGGAGAAACCCCUCCCCGCCGGCAAGGGGUCCAGCCGGCAGCAGGGCGGCCUUGAUGUCGUCGACCACGUCCAGGCUUCGGUGCAGGUGUCACCUACACCAGAGCAGGUGGCUCCUCCGCCGGAGCAGGUGACUUGUCUGCCACGCCAUCUGCCUCCUCUGCCACGCCAUCUGCCUCCUCUGCCGCAGCCCGUUGUCAAUGUCAACGGCGACGACAAUGAAGAAGAGACGGAGCAGGUGUCUCCUCUACCACGGGUGACGCCUCCUGUGCCCGAGCCUGUGGUCGUCGGCGAUGUCAACAAAGAAGACGUGGCUGCUCUGGCUCCUCAGACGGAGCAGGUGUCUCCUCUGCCGCGGGUGACGCCUCCUGUGCCCGAGCCUGUGGUCGUCGGCGAUGUCAACAAAGAAAAUGUAGCUCCUCUGGCUUCUCUGUCGAAGCAGGUGGUGGCUCCUCAGCCUCAGCCGGGUAUUCGUCUGCCGCGGUUGUUGCCUCCCCUGCCCCCACCUAUGGUCGUCGCCGACGAGAAUGAAGAAGAGGUUUUUCCUGGUCAAUACAAGGCAAAUAAGGUCCUAAGUGACGACGUUGACAGCGACCAAGAAACCCAGAGGAUCUUCAGGAGGCAGAAGCUGAGGCAGCUGGAGAGUGGUGAGCUUGAGAAAGCUGUGAGGCCUAGAUUCGGAAACGGCUACGGAUGCCCUUUCUACAACAAGGUGAUGAAAGGCGACCUGUCGAGUACCAUCAACCAUGCAGUCGGAACAUCCCAAGGCAGCAUCAAGAAUGGCUACGCUUUCACGGUGAAGCAUGCCGCGUAUGCCGACUACUUGAUCAGGCUUCUUUGA